AUUCCAUCCCACAAUACUUGCUUCCGGGCGAUUGGACUUCGGUCUAAUGCUAUCCACGAUGGCUUGCAGCUUAUCUCCCGAGCUGGCCCAGCUUGGCUCCCGACUUUCGCUCCUUGUCUCCUAGCCCUAUCGUAAACUAAUCUUAUGUCCGCCGCAGUUCUUUCGCCGUUGCAUCCGGGCGAACCAUCAUGUCGCCAAAUUUGGAAACUAGCUUUUGGGAGCGCAUGGGCUUGCAAGAGACGGAUCGGAAUGUUUGUGCAAGAGUUGUAGAGGAACGGUAUCCCGGCUGUAUCGUGGCGGAGUUCAAAGACCAGGGAUACUGCAGCUUCACACUGCUCGUUUCACGGCCAGGACCGCAAGAUUCUGCAACCCACAGCGAUGGACCUCAGGACGACGACUCCAGCAAUUCUCCUCUCCGCGAAGAGUCUGCGUCCUCCAUCGUCCAGAUACGGCCCUCGCAACAUUGCCUGGAUCUCCGCAUCCUGCGCGCUGCGAAGGAAACCUACGGUGCCUUCGCACCAACCAUACGCUCACUCACAGUCCAUCUCCCGGGCCGUUUGCAAGCGUUCGAAAUGGACAGGCUCCAGGGAACACCCUUCUCACGUCUUCGGCCGCACUCUCCAACCCCGGGCCCGGCAACCCGCCAAAAGCAACAGAACCUCGUAGCUUCCUUCGCAACCUUCGUCGCUUGCGCAUGGCCUUCUCCCCAAUCCACACCGCCGCGCAUACGCGAGGAUUCGCCCAUCUUCGAUGGUCCCGCAUGGCUCGCGCAGUGCACGGGGAAAGUAGGCGCGGAAAUCCUCCCAAAGCUUGAGAAGCUGGCGCGCGAGCUGCCUGAUGGUGCGCUGAGGGAAAGAGCGAAGGAGACGCUGAAGAGCCUGAUGAGUAUAAGAGAUUUUCCUGUCGUGCUGUGCCAUGGAGACCUGAUCCCGAGCAAUAUUCUAGUAGAUGAGGAGACCUGGCGGAUCGCGGGGAUGGUGGACUGGGCGGAGGCCGAGUGGCUGCCGUUCGGGACGUGUCUUUAUGGGUUGGAGCAUUUGCUUGGAUAUCCGUCAAGAUAUUGCUUGGCGAGCGAGAGCCUAGGGACAGUCGCCCGUACGAGGCUGAAAUGGUGGUAUUAUGGCAAUGCGGACGAGCUGAGGAUGUUCUUUUGGGAGCGGCUGGUGGAAGAGAGGCCGGGGAUGAGAGUUAGGCUGGGGGAUGUUGGGGUGAUGCGAGAUGUGGGCGUGCUGCUUUGGCUGGGGUAUGCAUGGGAUGAAGGCAGGAUUGAUCGCGUUGUUAAUGAGGUUGAUGAUGGGGAAGAGGUGGAAUGCUUGAGGGCUUUCUUGGGUGUGGGGAAGAGGUAGAGUGGAGGAUAUGGGGAGGGAGAGUUGAUGCGCUCAAGGAUCGCAUUCACUUAAUGCUAAGCGAUCUCGCCGCCAAGCCGUCGAGCUCUCAUUUCGAACCACCACCACUGCGCCUUCCCUUUUAGACUGCACUCAACCUCGCACCUUCCCGGAAUAAACUCCACGCAUAGGCAACAACGAAAACUCAUUCGUCAUUCUUGUACCACUCAAGGGUUGCCACCUUUCUUCUUCACUUUGCCUUCCGAGGCUUCUUCAUCUUGCUUUAUUGCCUCUGCGCGCUGUCAAUAUACCUCUGGAAGCGGUAGUGUGUCUUCUCGCUACAUAAUCAGAAAGCCCGCC